AAUGAGCCCUUGUUCCAGAGGAGUUCUCAGGCAGCUUCAAUGGAAGGAGGGAGCCAAGCAGGAGCCCUGGCAUCAGUCCAAAGAUGAUAAUUACAACAUGGAUUGUGUACAUUCUCGCCCGGAAAGGCGCCGGGUUCCCUUUCCCACCAAAAAUCAGUUCGGACGUUGAAGUCAUAGAAAGCGAGGCUGUAUCCGUAGUACAGCACUGGUUGAAAAAAACUGAAGAAGAGGCUUCCCAGGACAUAAAGGAGAAGAUGUCCACCAACUGCCCUCCCACUCACGGCCAGGAUGUCCACGUCACCAGAGACGUGGUGAAGCACCAUCUCUCCAAGUCUGACUUGUUGGCGAACCAGAGUCAAGACGUCCUGGAGGAAAGAACAAGAAUCCAGUUCAUACGAUGGAGCCACACCCGAAUCUUCCAAGUCCCCAGUGAGGUGAGGGACGAUGUCAUGCGAGAGCGAAUAGAGCAGGUGAGACGCAGCAUAUGCAACCUCACGGAUGAAGCGUCCCAGGAGAUUCGCAGCAGAAAUUCCUACGCAGACUGCUGAGAGCUACAGGUGAGAGGGCGCCAGGGUUGGGGAACAGCCUGUGUCACAGAACGUCUAUGACCCUUGACGGGAGGAGCAACCACACCUGGGCAGAGGGGACCCCGCGGUGAGCCCUUGCUUGUGACGGGCCCACUGGAACCUUCUCGCCCACCGGCUAAUAAAGAGAUGAGCUAUUUAAUCACC